UAACCGGAAUUUUUAGAUAACCACAACGCCCUAAUCCCCCGAGCGUGCUGGAUAACACAGGUUUUACUGUAUGUUGAAAAAAUUAUUUUAAGAUAUUCAGAGAUAAUUAAUAGGAUGUGUCCAUAACAUUAACCAUAUCUUGUGAUCUUUUCCUGUUGUAACUGUUAUUCUUCCAUGCUGAUUUCCUCCUUCCUUUGUUUGUUAGUCAUAUAAUCUUGAAUUAAAUCUAUUUUUAUAAUCUCUUCAGGGCAGAGACGUGUCAUUUUAUUUGUAAAGUACGAGGGUCAGAUAUGGUGUUACAUAAAUUAGACACAAUGGUAAGAGCAAAAAGGAGAAAAUGCUGCUUGGCAUGUUCUCUUCUUUCCUGCUGUUUUUCCUCAGGUGAUGUCUUAAGGUAGGGUUUCCCUAAAAAGUUAUCUAACCAAGAUACUUGUGCAGAUAUGGUUUGAAAGAUCCCCACUCUUUCAUUGAAUGGGAAGCAGUGUAACUAAGGGAGGGGAUUGAUACAUUUUUUUUUCUCCUGGUUGUGCCAUGACAAGGCAAGAUUCUUAAUAUCUUUUUAUCUCAGUUUUCCCAUCUAUAAAAUAAGGAUAAUGACUGUAGUAGUUCAAGAUUUAUAGAGGAAAAUAUACUAUUAAUUAUUUUAUUAUUUUGGUAUAGCUAUCUUAACUUGUUUCUUUUCUCUUUUUUUUCAGUAAUGCUUCAUUUUCCCUGGCUGGGUGCUUGACAUUAUGUCAUAAAUAAAACAGCAUCCUUGAAUUGUUAGCGAAUGCUCUUGAAAAAAAGUGUAAAAUGUGAUACCAACAGUUGGAGACUCUGAACAAAAUCUGUUUUGAAACAUGUUUUGGCUGCAGUUCUUUUUUAGGAAUGCUGCUAUGCAGAAGAUUUUAUCAACAAAUAUUGUCUCCAGAUGCACUUCAAAAUCAGCUAAGCAUGGCUGGUCUGUGUGUUUAAGAAGCAUUUUCUUUAACUCUGUCAAAUACUGUCCUCCUAAAUUAGUUCUGGGCAUAGAAACUAGUUGUGAUGAUACAGGAGCUGCUGUGGUGGAUGAUAAUGGCAACAUCCUAGGAGAAGCUCUACAUUCUCAAAAUGAAAUCCAUUUGAAAACAGGUGGGAUUAUUCCUCCAGUGGCACAGCAGCUUCACAGAGAAAAUAUUGAGCGAAUAGUAAAAGAAACACUCUGCGUCAGCGGAAUCUCUCUAGAUGAACUAUCUGCUGUUGCAACUACAGUAAAGCCAGGACUCGCUUUAAGUCUUGGAGUGGGAUUAGAAUAUAGUUUAAAGUUGGUGGACAAGUAUAAAAAGCCUUUCAUCCCUAUCCAUCACAUGGAGGCACAUGCACUUACAAUUAGGCUAAUAAACCAAGUGGACUUUCCUUUCUUAGUUCUUUUAAUCUCUGGAGGCCACUGUAUCCUGGCAGUAGCACAAGGAGUUUCAGAUUUCCUGCUGCUUGGACAGUCAGUGGAUGUAGCACCAGGAGACAUGCUUGACAAGGUAGCAAGAAGACUCUCUCUAACAAAGCACCCAGAGUGCUGCAGCAUGAGUGGUGGGAAAGCUAUUGAGCACUUGGCCCAGCGGGGAAACAGGCAGCAUUAUGAACUCAGAGCUCCCAUGAGACAUCAUCCUAACUGCAAUUUUUCCUUUUCUGGAUUUCUUUGCAAUGCCACUAGAAUAAUUAAGCAAAAAGAAAAGGAAGAAGGUAUUUUUCAAAGUAAGAGAUAUAUAAAUUGUGCCUGUUUUGCAGUUUUAUUUGGGAAAAUGCAUUUGCUUACAAUUUCUACAGGUCUACAGGAGGGCCAUCUCAUGUCCUGCGUUACAGACAUUGCUGCUGCAAUACAGCAUGCAGUAGCACUUCAUAUUGCUGAGCGAACACACCGGGCCAUUCUGUUCUGCAUAAAAACUGGUAUCCUAUCGCAAACAAAUGCAUCCUUGGUUGUAUCAGGAGGAGUUGCAAGUAACCAGUAUAUCCGAAGAGUUCUGCAAACUGUAACCAAUGCAACCAACUUCAAUUUGCUGUGUCCUCCACCCAAACUCUGUACUGACAAUGGUGUUAUGAUUGCAUGGAAUGGCAUUGAAAGGAUGCGUGCAGGACUAGGUGUGUUACAUAGCACAGAUGGCAUUCGCUAUGAACCAAAAGCACCUCUUGGAAUUGAUAUCUCAAAACAAGUCAGAGAAGUUGCCAUCAAGGUACCAAGGCUAGAAGUGAUGAUUUGAUGCAUGGAUUUUAAAGGAAGAACUUAUUAAAAUGAAUGCAGUUAAAGGCUCAAUAAAAGUUAUUUCAGAAUUGUUACAUUUACUAUCUGUACUCAUUUUACAAUUGUAGAGGAUUAUCUAUUGUAUGCUGUGAUGCCAUUGAGAUGUUUCAAAUUACUAAACUGAAGUGGGGGAAAAUCUGUAGCUAUCAAGAUGAAAGCUUAAAAAAGGAAGAAAAAAUUAACAGCAAUUGUAAAUGAUCAUGUUUGAGCAAAAGUUUCUCUAGCAUUUGUCCUUUUUGUAUUUUCUGUGAAUUUAUUCAUACAAAUAGCAUGUAUGCAUAAAUAUAUUGCAAGUGUAGCCUAAUAAAUCCCUUGGAAAAUCUGAGAAUUAGGAGCCUAAUUUCCUUAGAACCAUCCCUAAUAAAUAGAACUUGAAUUUUUGGGUACACUUAAUGCCAUUGCUUAUUGAUUUGUUUUUAAAAGAAUAAGAAUAAAUACUGUAUUAACAUAUGUGCGAUGAUAAAAUCAUUUCCAAGUUU